UGCUGUUUUAUUUUUUUUAUAUUAUAAAUAAUGUGAAUGAAUGCAUUGGAAUCGGUAUAUGGACGACUUUCUGAAAUAGAAGGCGAGAUUCUGUCGGACCUGAGCCGCCUGGAGUUAAGUACCUUGGAACACCUAAAAAAUACCAGAAAACAGCUCGAAAAUUUAAGUGUUAAAAAAAUAGAGCUUGAAUUGGGGGAUAAUUUCCAUAAAAUCGAGUCUUUCGGAAACAAACUCAAGACGGUAGCAGAUGAGAGUGAUUGCGCAUUGAAUAAAAUAAAAAAAGCUGUAAACGUGGUUGAAACAGUGAGUUCACUUUAUAAUUCUGCCUCAAAAGCAUUAGAUUAUUUUAAUAAUGAUACACCUGAACAGGCUUUCUCGGAAAUUGAAAAGUACAUUAUGGCCGUAGAGUCGGCCAGAGCCAAAGGGCAUUGGGAAGAAGUACUAAACUUAAUUUCAAAGGGCUAUAUAGGCCAAGUAAUAUCUUCCUUGAGGUCACUAGUCAUAGAAUCAUUGAGAACAAACGUGUCAAAUGACCAUUCAAAGCUUCUGACCCGACUUGCCUUAUCACUCAAUGCAGAGAAAGAGGCUUAUGACUCAUAUUUAUCAUUUGUUAAAAUGGAAACUGAACGAAAAACUGCUUUAACUUCAUUAACUGCUCCAUUUAUUAACACGGAUAACGAGUAUGAGGGCUACAAUGGAUAUGGUACCAGUGAGAUAAAUAGCUUGAAUAGAGUAAUUUUUAACUCUAAAAACCUGCUAAAUCGCCAGGGGAAUUCAGUUCUGACCGAACUUGGAACCAUUUAUUACAUUAAAAUUGUUAGAGAAAUACACUUGUACUCCUCAACAGAGGCAUCAAGGAUAUUUAUUGAUUUCAUUAAGGCAAACUUACUUCCCAAUUACAAUUCCACACAUAGUAUAGAGACCCAACUUGACAAACAGAAUAAAAUGGUUGAAAUUAAUGGAUUUGAAAAAUCAGAAAAAGCUGAAUUGGCCCAUUUAAACAACUCUGAUUCUUUAAAUUUGGUUUCUGAAACUAUAAUUUCAGAAUUAGAAAAGGCUUUAAAAGACCCCAAUUUUGUUAACAUGAUAACAUCAGAAGUAAAAUACCAGAAGUUGUUGGAUAAUAUAGCAAUAAUGGCAUCACAUUGGCUAGAUUUUGAAACUGCUUUGAGAGAAACUACAGGCCCAAUUUACGCAAAUUUACUUGUAAAACAAGAUGAAAAGGAAUAUUCGCCCGAUGGUCUUGUGUUUUUAAGUAAUGCAACCAAGAUGAUUCAGUCAAUUUUAUCCGCUUAUGUUCAUCUUCAACAUGCAUUUACCUUAAAAACAGUUGUUCAGGCAAUACAAGUCAGUGACACAAUAUACAUCUCAGAAAAUGAAAAUACACUAACCAGCACACUAGUCGAUGACGUGUUUUUUAUACUACAAAAGUCGCAACAUAGAUCGAUUGGAACCGGUGAUAUACAAACAGCUUGUGCUACUUUUAAUCAGGUUUCUUCAAUCAUAUCAAAUGAACUAAAAAACUCUUUAACCGACAAUCUUAUCCAAAGUCAGCCAAUCUACGAAAAAUGGACACAAAAACUGGAAAAUUUGAUGAGUGGGUCACUAUACAAUAUGCUUGACGAGUAUUUCAAGAGAACAAGAGGUGGUUUCCCAGAAUUAAUCGGCUCAAAGUAUAGUUUUGUCCAUUCUCUAAACAAUAUUGAAGAGUGUUUGGGGUUACUUGCUAAAUUCAAGGAAGAAAUGACUGAGUGUUUCAGCAACGAAUUUCUCAAAGAUAAGGAAAAAAAUCUGUUGGUGGAAAGCGCAAUACAGGAACUAGAUUCAGUUAAAACAGAAUUAGAACAAAUUCUAGAUACUUGUUGCAAUUACGCACUGAAUAUGUUCAAGGACCAUUUAAAUGACCCUUUAAUUAAAUUUUCAAUGGUUGAUUUUGAGAUGGAUGAGGAGAAAUAUUCAAAAUUUCAGGCUGAGGAGUCUUUUUCUGAUGUAGUUGUCUCUGUUCUGGACGUAGUUCUCACUCACAUCAAGUCAACUUACUCCCCAAAUGUUGGCCUUAAGUGCAUGAGCAACUUGCUAGAAAAGUUGUGUAAGUAUUUGGAGAAUAUGGUGUUGGAGAAGAAAUUCACGAUUUAUGGUGCAGUUUACUUUGACGGUGCUAUAAGAUCACUAGUUUAUUCCUGUUCUAAACACAACCAACAACUUAAAAAACAGUUUUCAACACUUUUGCAAAUCUCAGAUGUGUUGAAUGUGAAUAACAAGGACGACUUGAUUCUUUUGAAGGAAUCGGAAUACAAAUUCGACAUUUAUAAAUACUCCUCACUUCGGACAGAUCUAACACUCUAAUCCUAACUACUAAUAUACCACACAUGUA